UGGCAAAUGUCAACUUUUUGUUUGGUGGUGAUGUAUGUCUGUGAAAACAUAUUUUUUCCGUUAAUUUAACAAAUAUUAAAAUGAACUGUAGUGUCUAGUUAGCGUUUUAAAGCAACCGCCACCAUGAACCGACCGCAAAACAGCAUCCUAACACUGCCACCCUCGAGCAAAGACAAGACCAAGGACUGGCAGCUGGAGAUACUGAUGGAAAAACUCAGGUCCAAAGCCGCCCAGUACAAAACCCUGCCCGAGAUAUCAAAAAAUGUUCGCAUGACUUUGCUUGAGAAGAGAUAUGCCUUGGAUAGCGUUGAAAAGAGCCAGCAUCAAAAAUGUUUAGACACGUUGCAGCAUUCCAUAAAGGUGACGUCUUUCCAGAGCAUGGUAGAGCGAUUGGAGAGCCUUACAAGGCAAUUAGGGUUAAAAUUUGUAGUAGAACCAACUGGUGUGUUCAUAUCCUCGGAUAUGUUUUACUUAGAAAUCGUACUAGAACCCACAGGUGCAGUGAAAGACGUAAAAAUCCACCACGAAGGAAAAAAAGACCAGCAAAGUUGCACGGAACUUGUGAACUGCCUCUCGCGAGGUGAUUUUGCCGAUUUCACUGCACAGUUGGAAGGUUUCACUUCGAUUUACCAGCUCAACGCUGAAAAGAAAGUAAAAUGCAAAGCUUUCACUGCCCUAGAGUCUCUUGAGGCCGAUCUUAGUAUCCUAGCUCAAUUACAGGCCUUUAUGAAGGAGCCUUUCAGUUUGAUACACAAAUCGCCCGUUGGAAUUUUGGAAAAGAGGCGGGGAGGGCAUCCGAUGAAGUUAACGUACUUCAUUUCGCCCUACGAUUUAUUAAACGUUGAGAAAAAUGAUAUGGAAGAGAUAAGUAUCGACAGCGUCAUCAAUAAGUCUUUGGGGUACAGUGUUACUGUUUGUAUGGAAGGAUCCGCAGCGCAUAAGUUGCAGACUACUACUUUAAUAACUGUGAACAGGAACAUGAAUGGAAAAAAUACACCAUCGUACUCACCUCUAACGGCUCAGAAUAGCGCCGUUAUACCGGCCUGUUUUGUGCUGAAACUAAACAAACCGAUGCCCAUGUGUCUGUCGUUGGUGAGGCAGAUACAGCAGAUCCACCCGUGGACGGAUAUUGAUAGCGUCACGACGCAACCACUGCUUAAUUUGAUAGUGUCGCAUAGUAGUGGUGGAAAGAUGGAGUCUAGUAAUAACAAGGGAUUGUUUGUGACAUUACCGGAUCAAAACCACUGUUAUUUCAUGACGGAGAACAAAAAUAUGGACGGGGUGCUAGUGACUAGCAUACCGUUCACCCAUCCCGCUCACGUCGGUAACAUUUUGAUAGUUUUAAGGGAGCAAGCCCUGUUUAAUACCAUCAUUAGUAGCUGCGUUAGACCAAAUAGUAGACAAGAUUUCGAGAACAUGACCAUGUUCGAAAUAAGCGCCCUCUCUCCCAGCCACAUCUCCGUCUCCUUAGAACACCCAGUCGACGAAAGCAUGGCUACCGCCGAGAUCAACCUCAUGGACAUCUCAAACUUGGAGUGUCACAUUCACAAUCCCGGUACGCCGCCUCCCGCCAACACCCCCGACACCAUCUCCGAGCUGGCAUCGAAGAUACUGAACAAGUGCCUAUCGCUGCCCGUCACGAUGCGCACCAUCAUAAAACUGUGGGAGAAGCAAGCCAUGCGACGCUCCCACUAUGGCGGCGGACAUGAAAAUUUUAGUUUACCCCUCGGGCCGGGUGACCCGGGUGGUCACAAGAGCGGGCCAGGACCGGGCCUGGGAGAUUUUGGGGGCCUUGGGGAUAAAAUGAUCAAGCAGGAGCCGAUGGGGGGUUCCGUGGGCCACGGGAUGAUUAUGCAGGCCGCGGCGGGCACGGGCCAGGGCAUGUUCCUUAACCAUUCGAUGAUGACGUCGAAUUUUUCAAACUUCCCACCUUCCGAUGGGGUGCCGACCAACAUGGAGCUCACUAACAUACCGUCAGAUACUGCGGACAAAUGCAGCAAGCGGCAGAAGCGCAGGUCUGACGAUUUGUGGAAAAGUGGCAAGAGGAAGGUGGGAACGGAUGAUUCAGAACUGAUGGAGUCGUCAAGCUGCGACUCCACCUCAAGAAGCACCCCAUUGUCUCAAGAGAUAGAUGUCACCACCCCGAACUCGGUAUUGGGGUUUCAGACGGACCUCGAUCUAGACCCGGCUGAAAUCUUGGGGGUCGCCGAUAAGUCCAACACGGAAUUUGAUAACAUAGACGAUUUGGGCGACAUCGAAGAUAUUACCAAGGAAUCAAAACGGAAGCAGGAGAAACCGCCUGAAAUGGUCGAGAAAAGCUUGGUACCUCCCAACGUUAGCAUCACACCGAUUCCUUCUAGUCCUUCUGGAUUUUCUGUAGGAGGGAGCCAGGAUAAGCGGCAAGGGAUCGAAAUAAUCCCCAUGUCUCAAUCAACAUCCUCACUUCUGUCCAGUUCAAUCACAAUUACUCCAAUAUCGUCGUCACAGAGUAAGUCUUCGGAAGAAAAAACGAAGGAAAAACGCAGCAGCAAGAGCAGUAGAGACGAUAAGAAUAGGACAGAGAAACGCAAGAAGAGAAAAAGAGACGAAAGCCCCAUGGGUCCGCCGGAAAAAGUACCCCCGAAGCAAGAUCCCCUCACGAAACCCGUAACGGUGAGCAUAAAACCCACCGAAUCCCCUCCUUUGACUCCUGUCACCCCCACGUCCCCCAAUAUGGUGCGGAAGUUUAGUGCCUCGCCUACCCCAAACAGGACUAUGUCACUAAGUGGCAAACUCAGCCCAAGCCCAAUGAAAUCUAACCUCAAAUCCAGUUCGUCACACCAGAGCCCCAAACACUCGCCAGCACACGUGCCUAGCAGCCCCAAGCACAGCAUCCCGGGCAUUUCCAGCCCCAAGCACCACGGUACUUCCCCAAAGCACCCAUCGGCCAGCGGUUCGGGGAAACCAAGCAUGUCCACUUUGAAAAGCGCAGCUAAUUCGCCUUCCAGUAAAAGCGGGGCCGACUCGAAAAAAUCCAGCUCGAAGGAUGGUUCCAGGGAUAAAGACAAGAAAUUGUCUAGCGUUUUCAGCGUGACCAACUCUAAAACGAAGGGAUCCGCCAAAGUGAAACCGUUGGAUUUGAAUAUGGGAGAAGUGCCGCAAGAUGGUCUAUCGUCGCCCAGCGGGACGUGUGACUCGUCCAAAUCGAAUUCGAACCAGGCGAGGAACCGCAAAGGUUCUCUGUCAGCCAUCGUGGAUAAACUGAAAGUCAACGCGCAACACUGUGAUACCGCCACUGACCUCAGCAGUAAAUCGAGCAGCGGGCGGGAUAGGACGAGUUUGAACGCAAGCAAAUCGAACGAGUCGAAGAGCAGCACCAAGAUAGGCGAGACGAAAAACUCGGAGUACAUGGUGAAGCCUAGUUCGGACGGUAUGAAGAUAACGAUCAACAAGACACGCAGCAAAGACAGUUCCAGUGCGAAAUCAUCAAGUUCGGCAAGUGUGAGCAAAACGGGAUCACCGAAAAUACACACCGGAUUGAAACCGGGCGUCAACAGCGGUCCAGCGUCGAAAAAACCCCAGCAACUACAAAAAUCGAGCAGCUCGAGCGUCUCGAACUCGACCAGUGCCAACUAUAGCGGUAGCUUAAAAACCUCAAGUUCCAGUAACAAAGUAUCCUCUUCCAGUGCUUCGAAACUCUCUUCGGGAUCUACGGGUAGCGGGAGUCUCUCGAAAUCGGUGUCGAAGCUGAGCGGUUCGCCUAAAACGGGUUCCAGUGCGACGGACUUAAGCAGGACUAAAGACCGUUUGAAACCGAGUAAAAGCAGUUCGGAAAAGUCGAUGUUCUCCCGGAAGUCCAGCCCAACGCCUAAUCGUGACGAUCCCGACUCUUACAAGUCUAAAAUUGACCCGUUCGGCUCAAAUUUAAUGAUGGAGGGCAUGAUGAAGCAGCUCGACAAGAAUUUCCAGAUACCGAAGCUCUCCGCGAGGACAUCGGACGACAAGAAGAAGAAUGACUCGUUAAACAACAUGAACGCCGGCACGGUGGACAGAAAGAUCUUCGACUUGAUGUCGAAAAACGACCUUACAAUGCCCAAGUAUCAGCUGGCGAUACCCAACAAGUUUGAGAACUCCAUGGAGCAGAAGGUGAGAAACAAUGUGAAUAGUAUGAACGCGAUGGGGAUAGGCAGCGGCAAACAGAAGGACGACGAAGAGGACAGGAGGAAGGAUGUGCCCCAAAAUCUGUCCAGUUCGCAAGGCAAAGAAGACUCGUACAAGUUGGAGGCCACGUCUAUACCCAAGCCAUUUUCUUCAGCCACUGCCGAGCCCCUGGGCCUGUCCACGAAAAGCCUUGAUCUGACCUCGAAAUUUCUAGCGCCAGCCCCCAGGGACGACAGGAAGGAGUCGAGGAGGGGCGAAAGCGACGCCCUGGAUUUUAGCAGUAAGUCGGGGCCGCUAGCGUUCCCGCAAUCUCCCUCCGUUAGUGUUCAUAUAGUUAAAUCUCCGGCGCCCAGUCCGUUGAUCAACCCGAGUCCCCACUCGGCCUCGCCUUGUAUCACCGACGACGAACUUAUGGACGAGGCCCUUGUGGGGCUGGGGAAAUAGUUCAAUAUAGGACGAAAUGCGACUUAAACGUUCCGACAUCGCUCAUGAGGCAAUUUUGAGACGGUACUAAAUGAUGUUAAUUUGAUUUUAUAUUUAUUUCAGCAAGUCUUCCAGAUUUUUUUGUCGGGCAAUAUAUAGGUUGUUUUUAAGUCAAUGUCAUAAAUUCAAGAGGUUUCUUGGGUGGUUAGAUGAAGUCUCAAUGUACCAACAGCCUAAAACUAUGGUUUUCGAGACAUGGGAUGUUGAAAGUUUAAAAAAAUAUUGAGUUUUUUGAAACGUGCCUGAAGAUGUUUAACUUAGAUUGAUGAAACGUCUUAAAAAAAACCACCAGGAAUUAACUGUACUUAUUAGAUUUCCAAAAUACUCAGUUGCGCCAAAAUUCUGGAGUUCUAUUCAGUAUUUGAGUUUGUACAGGAUGUUUACAAACGUCAGGAAGAAAUUUGACGGGUAAACAUUUUUUGGAAAUAGAACUUUUUUCAAUAUUUGCUUUGCCGUGAUAAAAACUUUUUGGAGCCGCUGACACCAUUGAUAGAUCUGCCUCUGUUGGCACAUCAUGCCGAUUAGGAAAUCACUGUUAUCCAGGUGCCGAUGAAUUAAUUAAAUGUUAUUAUAUUGAUGAACUAUUUUGGUAAGUAUAAUAAAUUUUUAGGAUCUUUCCUUUAUUAAGGUUUAAAAUCAACAACCCCUUAAAAUCAUGUUAUUGUUGAUGUUAUAAAAUCCUAACCUAUAUUUUUUUACCCCUGUCACAGAGUAGUGAUGCUAUUUUAUUUUUCUUUAUUAACAGUUGAAUAUAAAGUAACGAAAUUACCGUGACUAUGUUUCUUUGAUCGAUCUUGAAAUUGGUUCGUGAAUGGUAUGUUCGAAUGCGCUAAUGAGCUACUUAUGUUUCUUUUCCUUAGGAAAUUUCCGUUGUUAUAUUUAUUAUCGUCAAUUUGUACAUAAAAUUGCCAAUUAACUUUAGCAGAGGUCCAUUGUCGGACGUGUUUUCAUAUAACCGAUAUGACGAAGUUACUUUGGAAACAUUUCUGUUGCGGUAAGUUCUGAAAUUGAAAACGUUGAUUUUAAGUAAUGGUCAGAGGUUGAGGAUCACGCCACUGCGUAACUUCGUUAUAUUCGGGAGCGAUCAAAGGUUUUAUAGCUAAUUUGGUAGCUUUCUUUUUAUUAGUACAAUAUUUAUUUUAUUAAGAGUUACGUUGUAUAUAUUAAUCUUUUCGCUUUGGAAUUCAAAGUUAGAAUUAUUGAACGGGACACUACAGGGAUGUUGCAAAUUGUUAAAGAUACAAGGCGACUCAAACUAUAAAAAGGUCGUUCGAUAGUUUUACGAAAUUUUUACUGAAAUCUGAUCCGAUGUUUCAAUUAACUGUCGAAAUAUAAUGAAAAAACUGGAAAAUAUGUUUAUUUAUGGAGAUAACUUAAUGAAGAUUGGUCUCAAGACAUUUGACACCCUCCUGGUGGUAAAGUUAGAUUUUUUUGUAUACAGUAGAACCUCGGUUAUCCGACCUCGCUUAUUCGUCCUCCUGAUUUUCCGACAUCGUGUCCGAAACGGCGAUUCCAUGUUAACCGACGUUCAUCCGUAUUAUCUGACCUAUGCCCGAUUUCUGCUGUUUUAUUUCUUAAAAAAAUAAUAAAAAUGAAUAAACCUGGAUUAUCCGACUUUUUCCAUUAUCCGGCCUAGUGCCGGUCCACAAUAGGUCGGAUAAUUGAGGUUCUAUUGUACUUUAGUGUUUGCAAAAAAAAUGUUACAUCUCAAAAACAAUGAAAGGUAGAAAAAA